AUGCGUACAUACUCAACAGGUGAAGAAAUAUUUGCCAAAGUCAAUUCAUUAACAUCCAUUGAAACAGAGCUUCCCUUUAGUUACUACAGUCUUCCAUACUGUACACCCCCUGGAGGAAUCAAGAAAAGUGCUGAAAAUUUAGGAGAACUCCUCAUGGGAGACCAAAUCGACAACUCCCCUUAUCGUUUUCGUAUGAACAUCAAUGAAUCUGUCUUCCUAUGCACCACACAUCCAUUAAACGAACACGAAGUAAAGCUUCUAAAACAAAGAACACACGAUCUAUAUCAAGUCAACAUGAUUCUUGAUAACUUGCCAGCAAUGAGGUUUGCAAAUCAAAACGGGGUUAAAAUCCAAUGGACAGGGUUCCCAGUUGGGUUUACAAAUCCCAACAAGAAAGACGAUGAUUACAUCAUCAACCAUGUGAAAUUCAGAGUGUUUGUCCACGAGUAUGAAGGCACAGGGGUGCAGAUAAUUGGAACAGGGGAAGAAGGUAUGGGAGUGAUAUCAACCAAUGAUGAUAAAAAGAAAGCUUCUGGAUAUGAAAUUGUGGGGUUUGAAGUUUUCCCUUGUAGUGUCAAAUACGACCCUGAAAAAAUGGCAAAACUUCAUCAAUACGAUGAAGUCCCAUCUUUAAACUGUCCUUUAGAGCUUGAAAAAUCUCAAAUCAUCAGAGAACAAGAAAAAGUUUCCUUCAGUUAUGAAGUUGAGUUUGUGAAAAGUGAUAUAAAAUGGCCUUCACGUUGGGACGCGUAUUUGAAAAUGGAAGGAGCACGUGUCCACUGGUUUUCAAUUCUAAAUUCCUUAAUGGUGAUCUUCUUUUUAGCUGGAAUUGUUUUUGUUAUCUUUUUAAGAACUGUAAGACGCGAUCUCACAAGAUACGAAGAACUCGACAAAGAAUCACAAGCUCAAAUGAACGAAGAAUUAUCCGGAUGGAAACUCGUUGUAGGCGAUGUGUUUCGCGAACCCAAUCACUCAAAACUGUUAUCCGUAAUGGUCGGAAACGGAAUCCAAAUCACCGGAAUGGGAAUCGUAACGAUCGUAUUCGCCGCAUUCGGAUUCAUGUCACCGGCUUCACGCGGCAUGCUUUUGACCGGAAUGAUCAUUCUGUAUCUCCUCCUCGGAACCGGAGCCGGGUAUUCCGGAGUUUACCUUUGGCGAACGAUAAAAGGGAGUUCCGACGGGUGGCGUUCCGUUUCCUGGUCCAUCGCGUUUUUCUUCCCCGGAAUCGUGUUUUCCAUUCUUACGGUUAUAAACUUCAUUCUUUGGGGGAGUAACUCCACGGGUGCGAUUCCGAUCUCGUUGUACUUCAUUCUCCUGUCACUCCUUUUUUGCGUGUCGGUUCCGUUGACUCUUUUGGGCGGGUAUUUAGGGACACGGGCCGACCCGAUUAAGUUCCCGGUCCGAACCAACCAAAUAGCCCGGGAAAUUCCUUCCCAAAAAUACCCUUCGUGGUUGCUAGUAGUUGGGGCGGGUACCCUUCCUUUCGGGACACUUUUUAUUGAAUUAUUUUUCAUCCUAUCGAGCAUCUGGCUUGGGAGAUUUUACUAUGUGUUUGGGUUUUUACUGGUGGUGCUUGUGCUGUUGGUGGUGGUUUGUGCUGAGGUGUCGGUGGUGUUGACUUACAUGCAUCUGUGUGUUGAGGAUUGGCAGUGGUGGUGGAAGGCGUUUUAUGCUUCGGGAUCGGUGGGCGUUUAUGUCUUUUUGUAUUCGGUGAAGUAUUUGGUUUUUGAUCUUCAGAGUUUGAGUGGGCCCGUGUCGGCUGUGGUGUAUGUUGGGUAUUCGUUGAUUAUGGCGAUUGGACUCAUGUUGGCUACUGGGACUAUUGGGUUUAUUACAUCUUUCUACUUUGUUCAUUAUCUGUUUUCUUCUGUGAAGAUCGAUUGA